AUGUUGAAGAUAAAUCACAUCAACGUUUCUCACGACAACAACACCAACAACAAAAACGACAGCAACAGCAAUAUAAACAACAAUAACAGCAACAAAUACGUCAACAACCUUCACAAUACGAUCUGCAGCAGCAACAACAAUGUUAACGACUUCGACGAAAAUAGCAGUUACGAUCGCAGAAAAAGUCGAGCGUCCUUACAAUUCAAACCGCACAUGCCGUAUUUUGAGUCGAACCACAAACUUUUCAACAAUGUUGACAACAUCAACAUAUCUUACAACAAUCACCACUACAACAAUAACAGCAAUGAUACCAACAGCAAGCUCAUUCAUAGCUCCAGUAACCACCACAAUGGCGAAGAUAGUGGCAAAACGCACAGUUGUAACCUGAUUCAAGACAAGGUGAACAGCAGCAGAAGGGUCUUGUCAACAGAGUAUCUCAGUCCAUCAUUGAGGGCUGAUCAGCUGCCACCAUCCGCCGCGGUUUCCAGAAAAACAAGCUGUUGCCAUGGUUACAUAAAAUUUUUUCAAUGA